UAUCACAUUAAACAGCUAUAUACUUGGCUCAAUGCCUGGAAUGGAGUUGGUUCAGAAGUACCAUACAUUUGGCACUGUUCGCUCAAGGCAAGGAGUAACAGGUCGUAGCCAUUCUAAGGAUCAUGCUACAGUUGACAUGGGAUGUGAGCUGGAGUCAGGGGCGGACUGACCAUUUGAAAACUCAGGCACUGCCCGAGGGCACGGGGUCAGUAGGGGGCCCCAUGAGAUGCCCCUGGUACCUUUUUCAUAGGUUUUUUUGAGUUUGGGCAAGAACACAGGGGCCCCAUGAUCCCCUAUUGCCCGGGGACCCCAU